UUGGAAUAAGAGAUUACUUUUUUAGCAUUUUAGAGCUACAAGUGGGAUUAGGUAUCAUUUCUUACAAUGUCUUUGUUUUACUAGUAAGGUACUAAAGCCCAGAGACCAGUCCAAGACCAUGCAGGUCCCUUGCCAGUGUGGGAGACUACCCAGUCCUGGCAGCCAGUGAGCCUGGCCUGGCUUGCCUUGCUCUGGCCAAUGUACUUCCCUGCUCUGGGACUUGGUUUGUUCCUCAGGUUAAAGAAGAACCUGAGUUCUGGUUCUGGAAGGGUGAUGAGUUAAGGAUCCAUAUCUCAGGAAGGCAACUUGGUCAGAUAAACAGACAAAGCUCUAGGUAACCAAGCAAGGAAGCUACAAUAUGCAAAUGAAUGGAUUGUGGCUUUCUUUCUGGUUGGUUGAAGGGGCCCUGAUGUCACAAUUCUAGGGUUUCUCCACUCCGAAUGAUCGUGUCUCUAGCCAAAAAUAUUUAUUGACCUGGCUGGUCUCUUGGCUUCCUCUCUUUGUCCAACGUAGAAGAGAGACAAUGGAAUCCCUCUACCAGGCUGGGUCCAUUCUCAUGACGGUGAAUACCUUACAGGGGAAGAAAAUGGUAGAGAGUGGCCUUCAGUCUGGAGACUUUUCCCUGUCCCAGUCAUGGCCCUCCUGCCUCCCGCCACCUGCCGACUUGGAGAUCCUGCAGCAGAAGGUGGCCGGGGUGCAACGGGAGCUGGAAGACUUUAAGAAAGAGACAUUGAAGUCCAUCCAUUACCUUGAGGACUCCUUCUGCGAGAUGAAUGGUGCCCUGGUGCAGCAGGAGGAGCAGGCGGCUCGUGUGAGGCAGCGGCUAAGGGAGGAGGAGGACCGUGGCAUCGUGCGCAACAAGGUUCUCACUUUCCUGCUGCCGCGGGAGAAACAGCUCCGGGAGCAUUGCAAGCGGCUGGAGGACCUGCUGCUGGACAGGGGCCGCGACGCCCUGCGUGCCACUAAGAAGAGCCAGGCUGACUGAGCCUUGUGGGUAGCACUAGCCAAGCACCAAGUAGAUGAUUUUUUUUUUUUUUUUAAGUGGAAGGACAAACCCCAAGUCCCUACCCGCUUGCUUUCCUUUUCUCAUUUCCAUUGCUUCCCUUCUACCUAAAUAACACCUUGCUGAGAGGCAAAAAGACUUCAAUAUGUUUUUUUGGUGAAAUUCCAUUUAUCCAGCACUCUCAAGGAAGGAGGCACCCCACUACUAAGUCAGGCCCCUGUAACUUUCACUUGAACUGUUUUCCUGUUUGUAAUGGUACUAUUGCUCAAUGUAUACUUUUUUUUUUUGUACAGUAUAUUCUUAAACUGAUUGUGCUGAACAGAUUCACCUUUUUUUUUU